UGAGGAAAACCCACACACAUACACACAUCGAAGGCGAAAUUAACCGCAAAAAGCAAAUCGACGCCGGAAGGCGUUAACCACAAUAACAACAACAACAACARCAACAGCAACAAAAGCAACAAAAACAAAAUGCAACARCUACAAAAGUUGAUCUGCAUCUGCAGCUGCAUCUUGGUCAGCAUCUGUGUGAGCCAAACGAUGGCAUUGGCCAACUGCCCGCCCGGCUGCCAGUGCGACGACAACACCCUGGUGGUGCAGUGCGGCGAGGGCCAGCUGGACGUGCUGCCCAUUGCACUGAAUCCCUCGAUUCAGCGCUUGGUGAUCAAGAGCAACAAGAUCAAGACCAUCGACUCGUCCAUUCAGUUCUACGCGGAGCUGACGUUCCUGGAUCUGUCGCARAAUCAUCUGAUGACCAUACCACAGCGCACRUUCGCCUACCAGAAGAAGCUGCAGGAGGUGCAUCUCAAUSACAACAAGAUCGGCCAGAUCAGCAACAAGACCUUCAUUGGCCUGUCCGCCGUGACGGUGCUCAAUUUGCGUGGCAAUCUGAUCUCGGAGCUGCAUCAGGGCACCUUCUCGCCGCUGCUGAAAAUCGAGGAGCUGAAUCUGGGCGAGAAUCGCAUUGGCUUCAUCGACCCCAAGGCAUUCGAUGGUCUGAAGCAGCUGCGCAUUUUGUACUUGGAUGACAAUGCGCUGACCACUGUGCCAGAUCCCGUGCUGUUCCAGGCCAUGCCCAGCCUGGCUGAGCUCUUCCUCGGCAUGAACUCGCUGCUGACCAUCCAGUCGGGCGCUUUCAAGGAUCUGAAGGGCCUGACCCGGCUGGAGCUGAAGGGCGCCAGCCUGCGGAACAUCUCGCACGACAGCUUCCUGGGCCUGGAGGAGCUGCGCGUCCUGGAUCUUUCCGACAAUCGACUGCCGCGCAUUCCCUCGGUGGGCCUCAGCCACCUGGUGCGCCUGGAGCAGCUGUCGCUGGGCCAAAACGAUUUCGAGCUGAUCAGCGAGGGCGCCUUCGUGGGCCUGAAGCAGCUGAAGCGCCUGGACAUCAACGGAGCCCUCAAGCUGAAGCGCGUGAUGACGGGCGCCUUUGCGGCCAAUGGAAACCUGGAGUAUCUGAACCUGUCGUCCAACAAAAUGCUCGUGGAGGUGCAAGAGGGCGCCCUCAGCGGACUGCCCCAUCUGCGUCAUGUUGUGCUGAAGGCCAAUGCCUUGACCUCGCUGGCCGAGGGNCUGGUUCUGUAUCGCUGCCGGCACAAGAUUCGCGAGUACCUCAAGGGCGGCGUCUGGGGCAACUCGGCGCUGGGCCGCAAGGAGCGCGAGUACCAGAAGACUUUCUGCGACGAGGACUACAUGUCGCGGCUGCAGCAUCAUCCCUGCUCCCUGGGCAUCCACUCCACCUUCCCCAACACCUACACGGCACCGCAUCAGGCCACCGCCGGACCGCAUCACCACUACGGCAUGUGCCCGAUGCCCAUCAACGAUCUGAAUGCCGUCGAUGGCCAGCACAAGUUCCAGCAGCUGCAGGUGCCGAUGUCGGCGACGCUGAUGCACGAGAAGAAGCUGAACAACAACAAGAGCCUGGCGGGCACCGUCGACGACAGCGCCAGCUUCGUGCUGCACAUGAAGACGGCCACGAUGGGACGCGAUCCGCAGCAGCAGCUGCAGCAGCAGCAGGCGCAGGCGCAACAGCAGCAAUCGCACCCACAGCAAUCCAAGCUCAAUCACUAUACGAAGCCGCAGUUUCUGGCCGCCACGGCGACCGUUGGCGACUCCUGCUACUCGUACGCGGAUGUGCCCAUGGUGCAUGCCCCGCAAACGCUGCGCGUCACCCACGAGCACUUCAAGCAGCGCGAGCGCGAGCCCCGCGACUUCGCCUGCGAUGCGGAUGCCAGCGGCGAAAUGAUGGAUCCCAAUUACAUCUACAGCAAUGCGCACUACUCGCUGCCCCUGGAGCAGAUGGGCCGCAGCAAGACGCCGACGCCGCCGCCGCUGCCGCCAGCGCUGCCGCUGCGCAACGGGCUGUGCGCCACCACCGGGCGCCGCUCCUUCCAGCACAAGUCCGCGCACAACAACAACAACAGCAGCAAUGCGAGCACCAUGCGCCAGUUCACGCACUGAUCCUCGGAGCACUAUCGUCGCAGGCAGCUGAGCAUCUAUGCUUAGUCGUGUCGUGCCGUUGUCAACUGUGAUGCCAAAACUCCACCCGCCCUACCGCCCUCCCCGAUUGCUCCCCUCUCCCAUAACCACAACAACAACAACAGCAACAAGCACUUAAGCGUAAUCUGAAGAAAUUUUAGUAGUAGAGCACAUAAGAUACUAACGGGCAGCGUUUACACGUGUCGCAAUCGAGAUCAACUGAAACUAUAUACAUAUAAAUUAUAUAGUGCAUUAUCUUGACAGUCUAAAAUUAACAAGGUUUUCUCUUCUAUUUUUGUAGAGUAUUUGCCUAAAAUACUCACGAGCCGACCACGUGUAAACGCCGCUUGAGACAUAAGUUAAACGAACAUAAUUCAAGAAACUUGAUCAAACUCUAUUAUUCUGUAUAUAAGCACGAAACAAAAAACUCAAUGCGAUCUCUAUGCACUUUGACUACUUACUGUCUUUCUACUACUAUUUUUCCAUUACAGCAAAACAGAAAAAAGCAAAUUGUAUUUAUUUAGCACGUAAGCAGCCUAGUUUGUAAAUUAACUUAAACAAAAUAUUAGACUAAGAAAACAUUGAAAAGAAAUCAACAAAGCACUGAGAGUCACUUGUAAGUUUAAUUUAAAUUAUUUCAAAC